AUGCCGUCAAACAGCCGAGAAUCGGAGGCGUCGUGUCUUGAAAUGCUUCGUUCGAUCAUCCGAACGACGGCUGAUGACAACUCGAAGUGGGUCGAGAUCUUUGUUGACUUCGAGAAUGCGCAGCCGACGAACGAAGAACGGGAGAUUUACGAGAUGGCAGAAGAGGUGCUGCACGAUUGUGAUACGGUGCUUGCGGAUGUAUCCAGCUAUGGAAACGGUAGAAACAACUUUUGAAGCCAUUUGAGAAACGAGUGUGUUUCAGGAUGUUAUGCGGAAAGGUCUCAACUGAAAAACGACAGUGACAUCAGCGCGCUGAAGUCUUUGAUGGUCAAACUAGAGCCGUUCGUUGCUCGCACGUGCUCGUACUAUGAGCACGUGACCAAGAUCGAGAAGAUCGUCCCGGUCAUCCUGUGGGAACUAUCUUCCGGGCCGUUGCCUCUCGAGGAACAGCUGGCCAAUAAGCAAUCGAUUGCGAAGCAGUUCGCCCGCUUAAUUGGAUUCGUUCUCGACUUUGACGUUGUAAAAGUAUGGCAGAGCGAUUGGAUUUCCAGUAUAAACCGGUUAUGCGUUGCAGAUGAGAACCGCCCAAAUCACGAACGAUUAUAGCUAUUACCGAAGAGCGAAGCAUAUUGUUUAUCAGGAUUUCGAGUAUGAAAAUGAGAACAAAUUCAAGAUUUAAAAAACAAAAGCGCUUGCAGAGAUCAAGGAGUCGCCGAACUGCCCCAAGUGCAAAUGUUCCUGUGCGAAGGCAAUCCGAUGCUCAGAGCCCUUUGCAACGGUGUCGACGCCUACAUGCGUGCCCAUCAGACGCUCCCCAUCCACAACACGACCGACGUCUUCGUCACCAUCAUCAAGUGAGCUCUUUUCGUCUACCGUACCCCCGUCCCUAAAUGGCUCCAUUCAGUGUCUGUCGUUUUAUGCUGGCCAAUGAAGAAUGCCUCGCGAGGCUCACAGAGUCAUCGCGGCAUCUGUGCUGUCGUGUCAUGACCGGACUCGUCAUCCUUUUCGACCACGUCGAUCAGAAUGGCGCGUUCGUCGCCAACUCGUGCAUUGAUAUGCGCGACGUCGUCAGGCUCAUAAAGUCGAAUACGACCGCCGAGCAGGUGGGUGCUGAAGGGGAACGGACGGAGAGAAAUAGGGGCAGUUUCAGACGGACUGUCUGCUGGCGGGGCUCCGCUACACGACGAAGCACUACAACGACGCGAGCACUCCGAAGUCUUUGCGCCAUUUGCUCGAAGUGAAAUGA